GGCGUUUAGGAAAACGCCACUAUAAAUUCACGAAACACAACGUUUUCAAAAAACGUUGUGUCUGACCUCAGUGAAACGGUGCCGUAUUGGGUCAAUGUAUUCACCGUCAAAACUCCGUCUCUUUGAAUUCAGUCUCUCUUUCUCAGUCUACCACAACUCAGUUUCCCUCUCUUCCAAAACCCUCGAUUUGAAGCUCUCACUCUCUCUCGCUUGCUCACUCAAUUUCUCAUUCUCAACCCUCGAUUUGCUCGAUUGCAGAUCCAAAACCCUCGAUGGUUUGCGCUUCUUCAAUCUCUGUCGCUCGCAAUCGAACUCUCUAGCUGUUCUUCAUCGAUCUCUGUCACUCAAGGGCUUUGCUCUAGCUGUUCUUCAUCGAACUCGAACUCGAUCUGUUCUUCAUCAAAUCGAUCCAUUCUGUUCUUCAUCAAAUCGAUCUGUUCUUCAUCAAAUCGCAGAUCCAAAAUCCAAAAUCGAUCUGGCGUUCGUUGAUAGUGGUGCUCAGUCAACAAUCAUAUCUAAAAGCUGCGCUGAGCGCUGUGGGUUUAUGUACAUAAUUAGAUCAGAUGCUGGCCAACCCUUGAGAGAAGAACUUGCUAAGUCACCAGAGAAGAUACUUGCAUGCGCCUUCCCUGAAUUUGUACCAAAAUCAGAUACUUCAAUGGCUCAAGGAUCCUUAACUCCACCAGCAGCUUUAGUGGGUGAGGAAGGCUGCCUUGUUUCUCCUCUACCCGAGAGCUCUAAUUCAACCUUGGCAACCCCUGGUGCAACAUCAGAUGCAUAUUUUCAGGGACUUGCUCUUGUUAAAACUUUAGUGUCUUAUUGUCUUUGAUACAUUAGUACUCCUGUGGAAGUCACCUGCAAGAUUGGCCCGUUGUUUUGAUCAAACAUUUUGUAGGGGCUACUGUAUAGGUUUGAUGCAGUUGAUGGUUUUAAUCUAUGUGCAUUGGCUUUGCUUAUGUAAGUGUCAGACUUCAACAUGGACGUGGGGUGUUGAUGAAGCAGUUUUCUAA